GCCGAGGUGGUUGACGGCGGCGAGGAGCGGGCCAAAGACGACCACAUCAAGCAGCUCGCCAGGGGCUUCAUCUUGGAGAAGAUGGCGGAGCACCGCGACGAGCUCGCCCGCGAUCUCACCGCCGUCGUCUCCGCGACCGUGCCUGACCAGGCCACGGAUGUUGCAUCUCAGCUUGCUGACCAUGCUGCCGCUGGCAAAGUGGCUGGAGGUGUUCACCAGCCCCCGCAUAUGGCACGCGAAACCACUGGGCGAUUUUGCACCGACAAGCUUGAUGCAUACCAGCGGAAGUUCAAGAAGCAGCUCGGCGGCCACUCGAUGAAGGUCCUUGCACGCUGGAUGGUCGAGCGCGGCGUCGACGCGAAGUUCUUCGCCAUUCCCUCGGUCGAGCCCGCCCAGGGGCAGUUCGCCGUCCAGUUCACUGGCGCUGCGGGCCCUGCUGCCCGCCGCGCCACUCAGAUCCUUGGAGCCCAGCGCAUCGCCCCUGGCCAAUGCAAGUGCUUCGAAGUUAAAGCUGCCGGCGACCAGCGGGCCCACCUUCGCAUCGGCGCGGACAUGGACCCGAGGCAGGUCAAGCUCGAGAUCCAGGGCCGCAAGCUCCGCGAGGCCUUCCGCGAGACCGCCAGCGACAAGAGGUGGGUCUUUGAUCGCGACCUCGGGGCGCCGGGUGGGGCCUUCAACGGCUUCGCGAAUGCUAUUGACGGGCGCGCGCCUGGCACGCCCGCUUUUUCUUUCGCGUCGUGGAACGCCAGGGCGCUACUGCAGUACCAAGGUGCACGCGCGAAGCCAAAGCUAGCCCACCUCAAGCGCCUGGACUUCACCCGUGGUGUUGUUGCCCUCCAGGAGGUGCACCAGGACGAGGAGCAGUUGUCGGGCGUUCUCUCCAAGGCGGCUCCUGCCGCGCGUCUCGCCGCCAGCUGCCGCGAGGGGUCUGCAGUCAAAG